UCAUGGGAGUACCUUAGACUGUGCGGCGUAUUACGUGGGGCGUUAGCGGGGCUUGAGCGCACGGAACAGGUAGCGGCGCUGAACUACAACGCAGUGCAUCACGGGAGUCCUGCUGGAGACUGUGAGAGGCAACAGGAUUCGAUGAGAGCAACAGUAUUCGAUGAGAGGACGGCGGUGGUUGGAUCUGCGGCGGGGACGCCUAGACCCGGGCGAGGAGGCGGGCUCAGCCGGGGUCGGCCCCGCCCCGUCUUCUCCGAGCCUCGGUGGGCCUGGGCGUGCCCUCCUGCAGAAUCCAGCGAGUGGUCGAAGUCCCUGGGAUGCUGAUCGCCCUACCUCUCCCGCCAGCCCACUCAUGCCCGGCUGCGAGCUGCCUGUGGGCAGGUGCCCGGACAUGUGCCCAGCCGCCGAGCGCGCCCGGCGCGAAAAGGAGCGCCGUCUGCACCGUUUCGAGGUGGCGCCGGGGUGCCGCGGGGACCUGCCCCGCGCGGAUCCGCAACGCACUGUGAAGGAGUACAGCCGGCCCGCCGCCGGCAAGGCUCGGCCCCCACCGAGCCAGCUGCGUCCGCCGUCCGUGCUGCUGGCCACCGUGCGCUACCUGGCGGGCGAAGUGGCUGAACGCGAGGACGCAUCCCGCGCGGAGGUGGCCAGUUUCGUGGCGGAUCGGUUGCGCGCGGUGCGUCUGGACCUGGCCCUGCAGCGCGCGGGCGACUCCGAGACUGCGGUGGUGCUGGAGGCAGCGCUGGCUGUGCUGCUGGCGGUGGUGGCGAGGCUCGGGCCCGACGCAGCGCACGAGCCAGCGGACCCGGUGCUGUUGCAGGCCCAGGUGCAGGAGGGCUUCGGUUCGCUGCGGCGCUGCUACGCACGGGGCUCCGGGCCGCACCCCCGCCAGGCCGCCUUCCAGGGCCUCUUUCUGCUCUAUAACCUAGGCUCAGUGGAGGCCCUUCAUGAGGUUUUGCAGCUGCCCACUGCCUUGCGUUCCUGCCCGGCCCUGCGCACAGCCCUGGCUGUGGAUGCGGCCUUCCGUGAAGGCAAUGCCGCCCGCCUCUUCCGCCUGCUUCGGACCCUGCCGUACCUGCAGAGCUGCGCUGUACAGUGCCAUGUGGGCCAUGCCCGCCGCAGGGCCCUGGCCCGCCUCUCUCGUGCCCUGAGCACCCCCAAGGGCCAGACCUUACCCCUGGACUUCAUGGUGCAUUUAUUAGCCCUGGAUGGGCCCGAGGAGGCACGGGACCUGUGCCAGGCCCACGGACUGCCUUUGGAUGGACAGGAGAGAGUUGUGUUCCUGAGGGGUCUCUACACCGAGGAGGGGCUGCCACCCGCCGGGACCUGCAAAGCGUUGGUGGGAAGCAAACUUGUAGGGCGCACCCUGGAGGAGGUGGUCAUGGCGGAGGAGGAAGAUGAAGGUGGGGACAGAUGGAAGUCCCGGGUAUGAGCAGGGGCCGGGCAGGCUCCCAGAGCCCAGGACUGGGACUGAGCGCUCCGCUUUCUUUUUUAAUGAUUCCCACACAAUAAAAGGACCUUGUUUUGUAGGAACAA